UGGCCAUAGCUUUGCCUAUUUUUUGUCCAUUUUGUCCCAUCGGGCUUUUCUCCAGCAAAAAAAUGCUAGGUAAACUUCUCUCAAAAAAGAUGGAAGGCACCCCAGAUCCACAUUUCCUAGCCUCCCUCAAGAACCAUUCCCUCAUCGGUUAUGGGAGCUACGGCGUCGUGGCGAAAACAGUAUAUCCCACCGUACAUAAUCCAAAAAUUAUGAAGCAAGUGGCAACUAAAUUCCUCUUUUUGAGUGACACCCUAAAGGUCAAUGAACACGAAGGAAUCCUCCAAGAGUUUAACAAGUUGACGUCUCUCUCCCAUCCAAACCUUGUCGAAAGACAGCACCUCGCAGGGAAACAGUUCACCGCGACGGAGGUGGCACACCUAAUGAAACGUUUCUCGAGUGAGGAUCAGAGCUCAAAAUUAUGGUAUGUCGUGGAAGCCAAAAAUGCUAAAAGAAUUGCAGGGAUCACCAUGGUGAUGGACCUUUACGGGGAAAAUUUGCAACAAUGGGUGAACCAGGUGCCGGAACGGAUUGAUCGACGGGUUGAAUUCACUCAAGUUCAAGUCUGCCUAGACGUGAGCAACGGGUUGAAGUAUUUGCAUGAGCAGAAAAUCCUGCAUCGUAAUUUGAAGCCGAAAAAUAUCUUAUUUUCUGAAGCAGGUUUUAAGCUUCCCAUGAAACUGGGUGAUUUUGGGUUCCCCGCCUUACCCCCGAUUCGUCCAUCGAAGUCACAAACAACCAAGCAUACCAUAAAUUUGGACUAUACGGCACCAGGGUCCUUAUCGAGGACGUACACCCCACAAGACGACCUCUUCUCGCUUGGCUUAAUAAUUUGGGAAACUGUGCAACUACUGAAAUUUGUCGAGCGGAAGAAUUUGUUCGAUAGGCUGGUUAAUGGGAGGGAUGAGAAUUUGGUAAAUGACAACAAAGUCAUGCCGAAAGUCAGAGAAUUAGUUGUUGGCCUGGUGGUGAAUAAGAGCAUGAAUUUUGAACAAGCAUUACGAAUAAUUGGGAACUGGCAGGUUGCCCAAAAUGUGGAUGAAUUCCAGUAUUGCUUAGACCACGUAACGGCAGGUGGAGUUAUUCAAUUGGUGGAUGUUGUGUACGAGGGUAACUUUGUGCUGGAAAAGGACAACGUGCGGAUUUUUGUGUUAGAGGGGAGAGGAGGAAAGCCCGUCAUCAAAGGGCAGAUUGGUCGGUCAGCUGCAUGCUUGGAAAUUUCUAGUGACAAUUGUUCCAUCUCGGGAAUUAAAGUAGUAGGAAAUGAGGGGACGACAGGGAUUUUUUUGAAGGGGUCGAGAAAUACGGUGCAGGAUGUAGAAUUGAGCGGAGGAAGUAGUUACGGUGUUAGGUCGGAAGGGGUUGAGAACAAACUUGAGAAUUUGACCAUUUCCGAUUAUUCAGAUAUUGGAAUCCAGAUAAGCGGGGGAAAUAGCGUUGUUAAUAAGAUAAAAUUAGAGAAUAUAACAUCCCACGGGAUCUACGUUUACUCUGACAACAGCACCGUUUCAAACGUGACUUGUUCCAAUGCCAAAAAUGGAAUUGAGGUUCUUGGCUCCAGCAACAAAUUUGGCAACAUCAAGCUAGAUAAGAACAGUGGUAAGGAGAGGUUUAGCGGGGUUAAACUGUACAAGAAUGCGCAUGACACGACGAUUGAAAACCUAACUUGUUCCGGCUACUUGAGGGAGAAGGGUGAUUGGGGCUUGGAAAUUGAGUCGUUGAAUACCACCGUGAAUAACAGUGGGUGUGGACCUAUACGGCUGAAAAGGCGAGAUGUCACCCUCACUAAUGUUGACGGUGGGGAAGUCAUCCAAGUUGGUGAAGACGUUGUAAACGUUAAGUUAAUAAAUUGUCGUGCAGAGAAGUUAGUCUCCAAAACAGAAGUUAAGACGACGGAUUGCAAGUUCCGGGAGGUUUCGCAAUAAAAAUGCGAAACCAUUACAGAAUAAAUGAGUUGAAUCGAUGGUCAGUUGUUAGGAUAACUAUUUAUAAUUCAAAUAAUUCUUAAUUGCUCACUUACAUAUUUGGUGUAGCAAGUCACAGGUUAUUAUUAUUAACAAAUCCUCACGUUUUUCUGAGAAAUCUUUUAUUUACGAAUUACCUAUUCAAUUAAUAAAACGAUCAUAUUGAAUUUAAAAGUU